GCGACGACAUCGCUGAAGGCACACAAGAAGGUGACGCUGAAGGAGAAGGCUACGGAUGCGCUGUGCUCACUGAUGGCGCGGUUCGACCUGGAGGACGACGAUGUGGACAUCAAGGCGCUGAAGGAGGUGGCGACGGAGGCGCGCGAGACGCUGAUCCCGUCGGUGAUGGUGGGAUGGCUGCUGCUUCAAAGAGCAGGACUCAAUGCUCAGGAGCGCGCAGGAGCUCUGUCGUCGGCCAAGAACUCGCUGAACUUGAAGAACAUCGAGGCGGCGCUGCGGGACCAGGGGGCUGACGUGGACCUGAAGGAGCACGACGCGCACAACAAGAAGCGAGAUAUGUUCCCGCACAAACCUGGCCGUGGACGAGCAUUAGGAGUCUUUGGAGAAGAUGAAGAUGAUCGAGAGGAGGCUCCGGACGACUACGACCUGGAAGACGACUACGAAGCCUACGCGGAGUUCGACUGGGACGAGGACGAGCUCGACCUCGAAGGUCUGGACGAGGAUGAACGCGCGGAGGCGGAGGAGGCACUGGCGGUCAUCGCCGGAGCCAAGAAGGACGUCAAGAACCAGAAGAGGACGCUGGCGCAAGCGCGGGCCGUGGUGAAGGAUAUCAAGCAAAGCCGAGGGUUUUUCCAGAAAGGCAAGGGCAAGGGCAAGAAAGGUGGCAAGGGCCAAGGUGGGCCGUGCUUCAUCUGCGGUGGACCGCACAGGAAGGCCGAUUGCCCGAAGAACACGGAGAACAGGAGCAGGGAGCAGCCACACGGACGAGCAUCUCAGGUUGGAGCGUUGGCGUUCAGCUUCGCGAACUGGGAGGCCGAGGCCAACGACGACGAGCUCGAGGAGACCAACCUGGAGAUGGCCUACACGGGGUCCGAGGUGGAGCACGCGCUGGCCGGGCUCGCAGACGAGACGGAGGGGUGCAUGGUACUCGACAGCGGAGCGACAAAGACGUUAGGCUCGAUCGUGGCGCUCGAGAAGAUCAUCGAGAAGCAGCAGCAGGCAGGGAUCGACACGAGCAACGUGAAGGUCGAUGUGACAGAUCGGCCGAAGUUCGGGUUCGCUAACGGCGACGCGGAGCAUAGUUCGUGCUGGACGAAUCUCCCGCUGCAGGCGAACGGCAAUCUGGGGAGCGCGUCGGGCUACGCGCUGAACACCAAGGGGGAACGCUACGUGCCGCUGCUGGGAUCAGUGGACUUCCUGAAGCGCGCUGGAGCGAUCAUCGACUUCGAGACGGGGAUCGCCUGCUUCAACAACAUUACGAAGAAUAAGAUGGCGAAGCUCAAGCGGAUCUCGACGGGACACCUGUGUAUCGACAUGACGAAGGACCUCUACGACACGAAGGUGAACAACACCGACAGGGACAACUUCAAGCAGAAGCUCGAGGACAUGUGCGAGUCCGACGCGAACGACAGUUCGAUCAAGGACUGCGAGUACUUCGACCCGAUUUCGGAGAUUUCCGGCGAUCCGGACUACACCGACACGAUCUAG